GUCACCUUGUUCAUGUCGCAGACCACAGUCAUGUCUUUUCUCCCACCAGGUGUCGCCGAUGGUCGUCUUCAUGGUUUCGAAUUUACAUUUGAGGCAAUCCCCGACAAGUCAUCCCUGCACGACAGCCACAUUGAAGUCGAUCCCGAUCCUCAUGAGGGGGAGACUGAAUCGCUACCCGACGACGUCGAGUGUUUCCCCAGACAUUUCGGCAGGACGUAUCAUGCAUAUCGAGCAGGCUCCUAUGUCUUCCCCAACGACCCUGCAGAGCAGGAGCGUCUAGAUCUUCAAUCGCUUGCACUCACAGAAUUGUUCAGCGGCAGGUUACACUUCGCCCCGAUCGCCGUCGAAGGGAGUCCCAAGCGGAUCCUCGACGUCGGCACAGGUACGGGGGCCUGGGCCAUGGAUAUGGGAGAUGUGUACCCGGAAGCCAAGAUAGUCGGUAUCGACCUGUCACCGAUCCAAAGUAACGCCGUCCCACCAAACGUUCACUUUUACAUCGAAGAUGCCGCACAAUCGUGGCAAUGGGAAGAACCAUUCGACUACGUUCACACCCGCGUUCUGCUCGGGUCAUUUGGCGAUUUCAAAAACGAAGUCAUACGCCAGGCGUUCGACUCCCUGCGCCCGGGCGGCUGGUUGGAGUCUCAGGAUUUCAACCUCGAGGCGACGAGCGACGAUGACACACUCGCCCCCGACUCACCUCUAUCUCGCUGGGUAGACGACAUGAACCUCGCCAGUGAAAUGAUUGCGCGCCCCUUGUCUAGAGCACACAUGCUACGAGAGUGGUAUGAGGAGGUGGGCUUUGUGGACGUCCACCAGCGCGUUUUCAAGAUCCCGAUCAACGGCUGGGCCAAGCAUCCCAGGCACAAGCAUGUCGGGAGGCUGUGGGAGCAGAAUUUCUUGGACGGCCUCAGCGGAUUCAGCAUGGCACUCUUUACGCAGGUGUUGGAAAGACAGCAGGAAGAGGUGCAGGUUUCUCUGGUCGAUGUCCGCAGAGACAUUUCCAACAUGCAAAUACAUGCUUAUCAGCAUGUCUGGGUUGUAUGGGGCCGCAAACCAUACCCGGAUGAAGCCAUUGCUGCGCAAAGUUCGCCGGAGAACAAGGAAAUGACCGACUGAAACGAGUUACAUGAUCUAACGAACUUUCCAAUAGACGGGGCGCUCUUCACGUAUGGCGAAGCCGGAGUCUUAUCCUGUCUUCCUGUUUUCCCCCUUCUGAUUUCCGCGACAAAUUUGUCGGACGACAAUUUAGACUAGGCCGUGCUUCAAACGAGAAACACCAGCACGUGUGCAAUAAGAGCUCAAGAUAGCUCGCUACGAUAUCUAUGUG